AUGCCACUGACCAAAACAAGGCCGUCGCCACGAGCGUCUGCCGUGAGCAGCUUCAGCGACGACACAAGCAGGUCGGGAGAAACAGACGACAGGUCCAGGUUGGGGAUGAACGACGAUCAUGAGAAUGCGCUUAGGAGAAAGCGACAACAUGGACGGCAAUGGUCUCGCGUAUCUCGGAGAAACACGAGCGUCAUACCAAACAGAUCCGGUGCCGAGAUUCAGAACGAGAACGACGAGAACAACGGGGACGAAACCGUUGACGAAUCUGGUGCUGUAGAUACAGUUCCAUCUGCAUCGACCGGGGGUCGCUUCAAGCGUCCGGAUUUUGUACUUCAAGGCUUAAUCACUCGAGCCAAAAAUCGUGUGAGGGAUCGCAAUGGGAGAGGGGAGAAAGGCGAUGAAGAUGUUCCAUCGUUGCAACAGGAACAGAGUGACACUCCCAUCUUUUCUCCUUUGAGUAACGAGUCGUUCUCCCCGCAUUCUCCUCCGCCACGAGCCGCUCCCCCCGACCGAGGUUUCCGCCGCAAAUCCCCACCUGUAGCUUCUACGGGGAUAUUCCAGGGUACCAAGACUAAGACAAGGACUGCCACUAAGACGCCCUUGACGCCUACGUCCUCAUCGUCACAGUCGCCGUCACAUUUACCACAGGCUCUUAUUUCCCCGCGUUCACCUCCGGAUCAGAACAAGCCGCUCCCACCUCCUCCACCGACUCCGGGUUCCUUGUCCGACAAGGAAAAUGCUACUUCUCCCCCGCCCAAGCCCGUCUUGAAGCUGAAUCGAAUCAUGUCUACUCUCACCGAGUCCGAGAUCGAGAAGCUCUUCUCAGGCGCUCCUCAGUACUUUGCCCGAAGCGAGGGGCAUUGCUCUGGUGCCCCCAAUCCCAGCGUCGCGUUUCCCUUUGAUGAGGCAUUGGAGAUCCGCGACCUCACUGACCAUGUACAAAUCGAAGACCGAGCAUGGAGCGGUCUCACAGCAUGGCCUCACCUAACUCGAGACCUUAAUCAGGAUGCCGCUGCCCGAGCGAAGGCUGUCGACUCGCGCAAGGCGCACUUCUUUAUCCGCUGUCGGGAGCGUCCUAAUACGCUGAGCAUGCAGGGCCUGGAGAAAGGGACUAUGGGCUUCUCAGCUGCUCUUGAGCUCGCUGUUGGCGAUGCUCUCGAGGAGGAGCAAUUUGGGUUUGACAGUCUCGGCAAGAAAGCCCAUGCUAUCGUCGAGGCACGUGAGCGCAUGCUUUCCCCGCUGGGUUACCUGCGUCGCCUUGCCGAGACUGAACUGAUGGAUCGUCUCAGGCGAAACUCUGAACUGUACCGAGUCAAUGAUCUUCGCAAGAAGACUUCUGUUCAGACUUACCAGGAUCUCUUCCAUUCUUUCAUGCGGCCGUGCAAUUCUGUUGUCGAUAAGCGCGACCACUACAGCUUAGCCAACCAAAUUAACGCCCUGAUUAAGUGUCUCGGCACUGCCAAUGUGUGGUUCGACUUCACACAUGUUGAGUGGAGGAUCAGACUAGGACAGAUUCUUUGGGGAGGUGAAGACAACGAUGAGCUGGAGGAUACUUCAUCGAUUCACGACACAAACAAUGCAAGUGAGCGAGCUGAGGAGAAAUACUGGCUCUUUAUGCAGAUCCUUGUUGCUACUGAACUGCUCAUCCGACUAGAUGCCAUCACGGAGGGUCGUAAUCCACAGCAGCAAGUGGACGGGCUCACCCAUUUCGCAAAGAAACUUCUCUGGCCCGGAAUCGACACGUACGAGGGCCUCAUCGCAAACAAUGCACGUCGAUCCAUCAUCGGUUUGGUGCCAACCCCUACUCCUACAGUUGCUCUUGAUAAACCAGCCAAAAAGUCUUCUGAGACGAACGGAUCCAAGCGAUCGCUGUACUUCGGAUCGUAUGACCAGAAGGACAAGUCACGGCCACAACGACGAAAGCUCGCAGCAGCGCUCCAUCCUUCUGGCUGGCUUUCAAAAUCAUAUGUUUAUGGUUUGAUGCUCCCUGGAGAUGGCUUGUGUCAUUUCCUGAUGGCCACACUACUCGAGAACGACAGCCGGGCCAUGGAGCGUUUGGGCUCAUUUGCCAAUUUAUCUGGAGGAUUUGUGUACUCAGGCAAGAGCUUCUGGAGCACAUCGUGUAUUGUGGGCCGAGUCAUUGCAGCAGGUCAAGGAUCCGCCGAAUGCAUGGGAUGGGUCUCCAGUGACAUUCUCCCUCUUGGCAUUGAUGAAGGCUGGGUGAAUAUUGAGGUGGAAGACGUAGCUGAAGAUAUGGCUCAUUUGGGUAAGAAAGCGAGACUAUGGGCAAAGAAGCGAAUUGAGCGCGAAUCUUCCAUCCUUGGAGAUGCGGACGAAUACUCUUGUUUCCCUGCGGACUUUAUCAUCCCCCACGAAAAUAGCUACUCGACACCUCCUCCCAUGAUCAGCGUUACCUUCCGAUCGCUAGAGCUCAUGUCAUCCGAUCCAAACAAGGCUUUCCCCACGAGGACAACUAAGGACCCUGAAUUAUUAUCGUUGCCAGCCACGGUCAAUUUUGCCGUAGCCAUUGAUGGAUUUACAGCUGAGAACUACUCGCUCUCUCUGGCCUACGAUAUUAAUUUUGUAACGGCGCAUCCGUGUUCACCUUCUCAUCGAGUCCGUUUUAUUAAGUCGCCAUCAAGCCCAACAAUCCAGCAAAUUGACGUAUCUGGCUCUGACACGUUCGGGCAAGGCUCUCGGCCUGCCAACCGCACAGGCCAUCCGUUGCACAAAUGGUAUAAUUAUGCUGUCAUACAUAUAUCGGAGCUUUUGAAGCGUCAACACACCCCGCUUUCAGAGCUUCUUGCGGCCCCUCCAACUCACCGUCGUACACCGUCGCGAAUGGGAAGCGACCGAGUUCUUGUUAUUGAUUGCAUCACCAACUUAUCCGAAGUGCCUCAAUCACCCACCAUUGAGAGGCUCACCUCAAAAUAUAAUAUCGUUCAGCGACGAGGCAGUUUCCCUGCCGCGGAACAAAUGCAUUUCGAGUCCAGGAAACGGCAAUUCGGCUCAGACAUGGAGAUUCUGGUUCGUGCGCUCUGCGCUCAAAAAGGCUGGAAUGCCAUCAUCAGCCGACGAAAGAGAGGAUGCCUGGCUUGCGCUAUUCGUGAAGCCGGGGCAUUGCAGUGGAAGGUUAUUAUCAGGGUGGAGUAA